AUGCCUGAAUACACAAAAGGUUCAUUCACCGCCCAUGGCGUUCAAGCAUUCAACCCAGCAGGAGCCUUGACCGAGCUCGGCGAAAAGCUCUCACUCUCGCAAGCCAUCGUUCUGCCUCCAAAUGCACAACUGGUCGUCACCUCAGGACAGUGCGGCUUCAAAGAAGACGGCAGCCUUUCAUCGGAUAAGCACGAGCAGAUCUCAGAGCUCAUUGCGAACGCCGACAAGACGCUACGAGAAGCUGGAUGCAAAGACGGCCUGAAGAACGUGUAUCAAUACACUCUAUACUAUCCUUCCCUUGAUGACGAGUUCAUCGACGCGUUGGUCACUGCAAGAGAUCGGUACCUCGGCGACAAUCGCCCUGCAAAUACGGGUGUUUCUGUUGCUGGUCUCUAUGGUGGAGCUGUACUUGAGAUCACCUUCUACGCGUACAUUCCAAAAUGA